AUGUUGCCAACAAUUAUGAGUUUUAUUUUGCUUACCAUUUUCACCACCUUUCCUACAUGCAAAGCCUAUCAAUUCAAAACCAAAACCUACAUUGUUCAAUUAACUUCACCUCAAGGCCAACAACUUUCUCUAGACCAUCGACCACACGACCUUGAACAACGUUAUAACUUAUUUUUGUCAAAAAACGGAUUUGCUGCACAAAUGUCAUCAAAGCAAGCAUAUGCAAUACAGAAUAUGAGAGGAGUUGCAUCUGUAAGUCCUGAAAGACACUUCCGGUUGCAUACAACUCAUUCAGCGCAGUUUAUGGGAUUAAGCCACAAUUCAGGUUUGUGGAAAGAUUCCAACCACGGGAAAGGAAUCAUAAUCGGGGUUCUAGACACCGGAACCACUCCUCAACAUCCAUCAUUCCAUGAUUUUGGUGUCCCCACUCCACCUGAAAGAUGGAAAGGAAGAUGUGAAGUUGGAGUGAGACAGUAUUGUAAUAACAAACUGAUCGGAAUGAGAAACUUUGUUAGCAGUACAAGUUCUCCAUUAGAUACACUAGGCCAUGGGACUCACACUUCAAGUACUGCUGCAGGGAAUUUCGUAGAUAAUGCAAAUAUAUUUGGAAAUUUUAAUGGAACAGCCACUGGGAUGGCGCCAUUGGCACACUUGGCUAUGUAUAAAGUAUGCAAUCGGGAAUAUUGUUCUGAAAGCGACAGUAUAGCAGGGAUGGAUGCAGCUAUUGGAGACGGGGUUGAUGUGCUUUCGAUUUCAUUUGGUGGAGCUUCUGUACCCUUCUAUCGAGAUUCUAUGGCAAUUAGCGCCUUUAAAGCCAUUCAGAAAGGGAUCUUCUUGAGCUGUUCUGGAGGUAAUUCCGGGCCUUCUAAGGGAACACUGUCAAACACAGUCCCAUGGGUGCUUACAGUUGGGGCUAGCACCAUUGAUAGAAGAAUAAGGACGACAGUUUAUCUCGGAAACAAGAAAUUACUUGAUGGUGAAUCGUUAUACCAACCAAAGAGUUUCCAUCAAAAGCUCAUGCCUCUUGUUUACCCUGGUGGAAAUGGUGAUUACAAAGCAGCAACGUGUAGCAGAGGAUCACUAGAUAAUAUUGAUGUUAACGGGAAGGUAGUGUUGUGUGAUAUGGGUGGUACGAUUUGGACAGUUGACAAAGGUAGGGUGGUGAAGGAUGCCGGAGGAGCUGCCAUGGUUCUCCGGAAUGGCAUUGCUUGUCCGGAGAUUACAGUACCAGAGGCUCACGUUCUUCCUGCAUCAAAUGUGGGUUAUAAGGAAGGACUUGAGAUCAUAAAGUAUCUGAAUUCAACUUCAUCUGCUGUCGCAACUAUCCUUCAACGUGGAACUAUAGUCGGUGUAAAAUCAGCUCCAGAGGUGGCUUGUUUCUCUUCAAGAGGCCCCAACCUUGCAAGCCCUGGAAUCCUGAAACCAGACAUUAUCGGACCCGGAGUUGACAUUCUUGCAGCUUGGCCAUUGUUAAUGCCAAUGAUGACCAAAUUACCAACAUUUAAGAUCAUGUCUGGCACGUCAAUGGCUUGUCCUCACCUUGCAGGAGUAGCAGCGCUGUUGAAAAGCAGACACCCAGAAUGGUCUCCUGCUGCAAUCAAGUCUGCUAUGAUGACGACAGCAAGUCAAGUAAGCUUAUAUGGAAAACCCAUUGUAGAUCAUGAAACAGACCUUCCUGCGGACAUGUUCGCUAUUGGCGCAGGUCAUGUCAACCCAUCAAAAGCCAACGAUCCGGGUCUUGUGUUUGAUAUCCAACCAGAUGAUUACAUUCCGUAUUUGUGUGGGUUAGGGUAUACAACCAAACAAAUAUCAAUGAUAAUUAAAAAGCCUUUUUCUUGCAUAAAAAGCAUAAAAGAAACGGAGCUAAACUAUCCUUCUUUUGUGGUUACUUUAAAAAGAGGUGAUACUAAAACAUACUCAAGGACAGUGACUAAUGUAGGUAUGCCAAACUCAAUCUACACCAUCGGAAAUGUUUCUGUUCCUCAAGGUGUACGUGUAUGUACAGUAGUUGAUACUUCUUUUCAACGGCUCAGAUUCAUAGCGAUGUACCAGAAGUUAACAUACAAAAUAACAUUUACUAGGGACAUCAUGGAUAAGGUGAAAAGUCGAUAUGGUCAAGGAUAUAUGACUUGGGUUUCAGGAAAAUACUCUGUCAGAACGCCAUUUUUGUUCAAGUUCUUUGGAUGA